AUGUAUCUACCUCUGCAUAAUGGAUCAGAAAGAAAAUACAUCAUUAAAAUACCGGUUAAAAAAUUAUCACUAUUUACGGUAUCGUUGCCCCUGUUCGCCUUCAUAAUAUGCGUUUUAAUUACUAUGUAUAAAGAUUUUGAAAGUGCGAAUAAUACGCAUUGUAAAGUGCCAAACGUUUUUCCUUCAAUAUCAGCUUCGAUAGGCAACUACGAACCUCAACGCACAAUUUGGAGACUCGCCAUAUACAGUCACGCUCCAAUAAGGUUUUUUAUAAUUUAUUUAAGAUGGGAGUAUUAUAGAAGUAUUAUUAGCCAGAGUUGUGCCUUUGUAGUAAAUUUAGCAGUUAGUUUAAAUAUUAUUGAGAAUUUAACAUUACUAGGACUAACACAUUGGACCUCGUCCCAAAAUUAUCCAUUACAUGAGGUAUGUUUUAAAACAUUUAUUGCUGCAUCAAUGUUCUACAUGUUCUUUACAUGUUUGAUGCUAUCAAAAUACAAGCGAAGGGCUACACAGACAAAACUUGAAGCUUAUUCUAUUAAAAUGAAAUGGAGAGCUUUCUUUUUUAACAUUGGCUCUUUCACGUUUGCAGCUUAUUUUUUCUUAAGACACAAUAAACUGUGUGAACCAUAUGGUGAAUGA